AUGUGUUUAGUAAUACAAAUAGCAAGUGGUAUAUUUUUAGCAAUGCAUUAUUCAAGUAAUAUAGAAUUAGCUUUUAAUUCAGUAGAGCAUAUCAUGAGAGAUGUAAAUGCAGGUUGA